AAGACAGGGAACAGAGGGGACGGGAGAAGGAAGGAGAAGCCCCGAGGAUAGAGGAGUUUUCUGAGGGAAAGGCUGAGAGGGUGACAGUUGGACUGUGGGAAGUCGCUCUCAGUUGCAGGGGACCAGCAGGAGUGUGUGUGUCUGCUUCUCUACAGCAGUGGACUCAGGAAGAGGAGGAACACGUACCGCAGGAAUCUCCUUCUGAGCAAAGUGUCCAGAGCCCCAGGGAGACCUGCGCCAAAGCUCCUGCUGCUGAGAGGGCUUUUAUUUUCCCCCACACCCGCUCUCACCCCCCACUGCUCCCCAGCAUGCCCACACUGCCCGAGGAAGAGGAGGAUUCCCCAGAGGACCUGGACAGCUCCUCCAGCUCUCCCAGCACAUCUGCACCUUGUGAAACCCGAGCUGUCGUCAUGGCUGCGCCCACCAUCGUCUUCCCGCAGCAGGCCACCAUCGUCCAACAAGAUGGUCGUGCUAUGGAACAGGCCAGGCCGCACAGUCCCAGAGGUCGCCUGAACAGAAACUCCUCUGGAGGACCCAUUACCACAGUCGACAGCACAGGUAACGUGAUCGACCUGGUGAAAGAUGCGCUGCCGGAGCUGCAGCUCUCUGAGGACGAUCGACAGAAGAACCUGGAGCUGCUGGAACAGGCCAAGAAGGUCAGCGACCGCUUCCUGACGCGCAGAGGCCGCCGCUCCACCGGCAGCACAGACUCGCCCACAGGUCUUUCUCCCACUCUAACUCCAUCAUCCUCACCGUGCUCGUCUAGAAGCACCUCUCUGACUGUGGCCCCACAAGCUGCUGCGGGACCCUCCGAGUCGACACAGUCUGUUGGCCAGCUUCUAGAGGUUCCUUCAGGGCGAGAACUGACUGAACCAACGACCCAGGAUCAGGGCAGGAUGUUGGUGGACUGGAAGCCCACUGAGAAGAGGAAAGUGUCCUCUGGGACUCUAACGCCCCGUUUUGCUGUUCAGAAGGAGAACUGUGAUCCCACCGGACCUAAGAGUCCGCCGGCGGUCAAUAAAGCAGAUGAGGGCGCCGGUUCAGGCCAAAGCCCCAACCAGGCCCCAGCCACAGGAGUGGCCAAGCCUGUCCUCCGACCCCCCACCCAACUGGCCCCCUGUACAGCAGAGAUAAAGACAAUCGGGGCCUUCCCUCCGCUAAUGAGAGCAGUUUCCUGGGAUGCUGUGGGCAGCCUUAAUUCUAGAAACGGAGCACCGAGUUUCCCUCCGAAAGCAGAGGACACUUUCUCGGACAAGCCCAGAGAUGUGUUGAAGUCUUCAGGCUACAAGGACCUCUCUGGCCCGCCGGGGGGUGUGCCCAAACUGUCUAAACUCAGAGAGGAACACAAGCUGCUGCGUAACCACAGCAUAGUGGGAUCCAAGUUACCAGACUUGAGUGAAGCUGCUGAACAGGAAAAGGGUCCUCAUCCCACUCCCAUCCCGGCCAGUAGCGCGGAGAUGAAGGAGAAGUUGGAUGCGAUGCCGAACAUUUCAGACGUGAUGCUGAGAAAACUGAAACUACACCGGGGCCUGCCAGGCUGUGCACCACCCCUGACUGAGAAGGAGGUUGAGAAUGCAUUCGUCCAGCUGUCACUGGCUUUUCGUAACGACAACUACACCCUGGAGACGCGGCUCAAACAGGCGGAGAGGGAGAGGAACAUGACUGAGGAAGACACAGAGAAAGAGCUGGAGGAGUUCAAAGGAGCGCUGAAGACGACCUCACCCCAGUGCCAGAACCUGGAGCAACGCGAGGCCUACCAGCGCCUCACGGAGACGGUGUCAGUGCUGCACCGCCUGGCCACGCGACUCUCCAGCCGGGCGGAGAUCGUCGGAGCGGUUCGACAGGAGAAACGUAUGAACAAGGCCACUGAGGUCAUGAUGCAGUAUGUGGAGAAUCUGAAGCGGACGUAUGAGAAGGAUCAUGCCGAGCUGACGGAGUUUAAGAAGCUGGCCAAUCAGAACUCCAAUCGCUCUUAUAGUGGGUCUGUGGACACUGGAGAUGAUGGAGUUGCACGUUCGUCAAGAUCAAUGUCCCUCACCCUUGGGAAGGCUCUGCCCAGACGCAGGGUGAGUGUAGCAGUGGUGCCAAAGUUUAACCUCCUGAACAUCCCAGGUCAGAGUCCAGCCACAGCUGGCCCGGGCCCCAACCUGCUAUUAGGGCCCAGUCCGUCCUCAGGCCCCCACCCAGCCCUUGGCCCCAACGUGGGACCAUCCACUGGUGCUGCUCUUCCUGUCCUGUGUGAAGCGAAUGAUGUGAAAGUCAGCACUCCCAGAGAGGCGGCACAACCUGCAGCUGAAUGUGGAAAGAGUGUGCUGGAGCAGGAAAGUGAGCCGGCCAAGCCCUCAGUCAACUUAGAGGAGAUCAGAGCCGAGAUCAGAGCCGAGCUCAAGGCGAAGAUUGAGGAGGAGGCGUACAACAAAGGAUUACAAGAAGGACUGAAGCAGAACAAAGUUCACCAGGACGAGAAGCAUGAGGAGGAAAACACUGCGGAGAAAUUACUCGAUUCAACAAAUAAAGAUGAGGAGAGCGGAAGAAAAAUUAAGACAAACAGGAGGAUGGAGGAGGUCCUGGCACGUCUCGGUCGCUACUGUCCCAAGAUUUCCUUGAAUCGGCGACUUCUCUGGAUGGCGCUGACGCUGUUCGUCGUGAUGUGUCUGGUCAUCAGUAUUUUUUCAUUCUUCAGUCACUACUACAACAAACGCGAGGACACGUAAAGUACCACACGAGAUGAGGACGUUCGGACUGAGUGUCCCGCCACGACCAAAGAACCCUGCCACAGAGGGACAGGGGCCGCUGUCACUCUUUGUCUCUGUCCAUUUAGCAUAUCAUCACACCCGGACUCACUUGAAUCCAUGACCCUGGUUCUGGAGGGUCAGAAGGAGGCUUUACGGUUAAUGCCACCUUCCCCUUUGUUGUCAGCGUUAAGUUAUUAUUUAGUUUGGAUGAAAAGUGUUGUUUGCUGUGGUGAGAAAAAGAGUUGUGCAGUGUGAAGAAAUAUAUGUAUUUAAAUUAGAUGCAUAAAUAAUGAUUCCGGUAGUUUGGAUGAUGAAUAUGGCAUUUUCAUUUUCAUUUAAUGCCACAGCAGGAAAAAUGUAUAUUUAUUUCACUAUUAUGUUAAUCCCGAAGUGCUGAACCGUUAUAUCCCCCUUCUGGCAGUGAGAGGAAUUACAAAUACACAGGAUAGUAAUUAUACAUUUAGGUAGAGCAAAUCAAACUGCGACACAGCUACUGCAUUCGCUACACACCAUAGACUUUCUAUAAAGAUGGACGACGUGUCUCCACCUCCCCCCACUAUCCAGAAGUGAAACCAAAACGUACUAACGCUGCCAUCUUGUGCUGAAAAUGUCAUGUGGAGCCAGAGUCUGGACGCGCUCAACCAAUCUUGAGUUGUUCUGAGCUGCAAAUCAAAACCAAUCUAUCACACAUGUCUGAUAAGAGCUCCAUAAAAUACCAGAAACCACCUUCGAGAGGAAAUUAUUUGGUCCAUAUCCCAUCCACUGACAUGGAGGAAGCAGGAUUUAUGGCUAACACUGUAACCUGCCACCAGCGGGCGAUCGGAAUGCUUUAAUUCCACUUUUGGGGAGCAGUCGUAUCCUCCAUCUGUAUACACAGUCUAUGCUGCACGGCUGCUAUAUUUUUGGAGGAGGCUACACACCAAUGUUAGUUUGUGUGUGACCUCUGCAUCAAUUGUUUCCUUUUUUAUAACUGUAGGCUCUUCUCUGAACGCAGAAUCCAUUUUGUAUCUGGAGCAUCAGUUCCUAAGUCAUAAAGCACAUAACCGACAUCAUCUCCUUCGCUACAGUUGCUCUUCUCUUCAACUUUGGCAAAUUUGCUGGUGGAAGCAAAGUGCACAACAGGAAUUUUUCCACAGACGCCAAAUCUCCUGCGAAAUACAGAGUGAAUCACCUGCAGCCGAUUCCUAACUAAUAAUUAACAAGGCCUUAAAUGUGACAAACGUCUAUUUAUAUGUGAAAGCUUUAAAGUGUAAUCUUUUUGUGUUCAUUAGAUAAUAAUUGAAUCCCUAUUUAAAGAUAGAGGAAUUAAUACAUUUUCUGUUUUUUAAGUUACAUCAUGUUUAUUUAAAGUCUUAAAUAGGAAACAUAAGCACAUUCCAGAGUGGUUCCGUGAGUGCGAUGAUUUGCAGGUGACGGUUCUCGUUUGAGUCCUUUUGGAUUGUCUUCAGAGCACUGACAGAUUUUCUUCUUGUGUGAGAGCACUGUGUCGAAGGCAUGAGAGGUGUUUUUAUCUUCUUUGCACGUGUGUUUCUGCCUGUGUGUGUUGUUGGUUCUUUGUGGAUGUUUCCCUCUUCCACGUCACCUUCAAAUAAAGGUGCAUGAAAGGA